AUGCGCUCCUCAGCCACUAUCGAUCCAGUUGCCAAGAUGGGGAAGGAUCCGACUAAGCCCAGGGGGAAGAUGUCCUCCUAUGCUUAUUUUGUUCAAACUUGCCGAGAAGAGCACAAGAAGAAGCACCCGGACGCUUCUGUCAACUUUGCAGAGUUCUCCAAGAAAUGCUCUGAGCGGUGGAAGACGAUGUCCUCCAAGGAGAAGGGGAAGUUCGAGGACAUGGCCAAACAGGACAAGGUUCGCUACGAGCGCGAGAUGAUGAACUACGUCCCACCCAAGGGCAGCAAGAAGAAGAAGUUCAAGGACCCCAACGCCCCCAAGAGACCCCCAUCCGCCUUCUUCAUCUUCUGCGCGGAGUUCCGUCCCAAAGUGAAGGGUGAGAGUCCGGGGCUGACGAUCGGCGACGUGGCCAAGAAGCUGGGAGAGAUGUGGAACGGCACCGCGGCCGAGGACAAGCAGCCGUACGAGAAGAAGGCCCUGAAGCUGAAGGAGAAAUACGAGAAGGACGUGGCCGCUUACCGCGCUAAGGGCAAAACCGGCAGCCCUCCUCCGGCCAAAGCCCCCAAGAUGGAGAAGAAGGAGGAGGACGACGAUGACGAGGACGAAGAGGACGAAGAGGACGAGGAGGACGAAGAGGACGACUAG